UAGCAAACGGUUUCAGUGCCCUUUAAUGCAAUGACAGAACCGGGUCCAUGGCGGGACAUCUGAAGAAGCAGUUAAAGGACGCAGUGAAGGUCAUCAGCUCAGGUAGCCUUCUGUUUGCGUCUUACCUCACUGUGAUUGGAGAUGAGCGUUUCUAUGCCAACCAACUAAUGCCCCUGCUGCAGAAGAUUGUGGGGGCAGAAACAGCGCAUGUGUUAGCUGUGAAGAUGAUAGGACUGGGUUUGGUUCCUAUGAACCGCUACCAGGACCCUGCGUCAUUGGAAGUGAAAGCUUUGGGGUUAAAGUUCAAAAACCCCAUUGGGAUUGCUGCAGGCUUUGAUAAGCAUGGAGAGGCUGUAGAUGGCUUGUACAAAGUGGGUUUUGGCUUUGUUGAAGUUGGGACAAUCACUCCCAAACCACAGGAGGGGAAUCCCAAACCACGUGUGUUUCGACUCACUACAGAUCACGCAGUCAUUAACAGAUAUGGAUUCAACAGCUGUGGUCUGGUAGAAGCACAGCAGAGGCUAAAGGCCAGAGAAGCAGCGCAGCAAGAGCACAGUAAAGCUGGCCUUCCCCUGGGCAUCAACCUGGGGAAGAACAAGCUGUCCCAGGACGCAGGGGCAGAUUACUUGGAGGGGGUGAAAGCACUGGGCCCGCUGGCUGACUACUUGGUGGUCAACGUUAGCAGUCCUAAUACACCAGGUCUGCGGGAUCUACAGGGGAAAGCUGAGCUCCGCCAGCUCCUGCAUACGGUGCUGAAGGAGCGUGAUGCCCUGCAGGGAGAACGCAAACCUCCCGUCUUGGUGAAGAUUGCUCCUGACCUCACAGCACAGGACAAACAAGAUAUUGCUGAUGUUGUCACAGAGCUGGGAGUAGAUGGUUUGAUGGUGACUAACACCACUGUGACCAGGCCAGAGACGCUACAAGAUCCUGAAAAGUCUGAGGUUGGUGGGCUAAGUGGGCAGCCUCUCAAAGAUCUCUCCACCAGAACUGUAAGAGAGAUGUACAACCUCACCCAAGGUAAAGUAACGAUUGUUGGAAUCGGUGGUGUGGCCAGUGGACAAGAUGCUAUGGAUAAAAUCCGUGCUGGUGCAUCAUUGGUUCAGCUUUACACAGCUUUGACCUACCAGGGUCCACCUGUUGUAACAAAGAUCAAGCGGGAGCUGGAACAACUUCUGAAAGAGCAAGGUUUCAAGAGCGUAUCUGAGGCAGUUGGAGCAGAUCACAGGGGAGCAGAUGCGUCGACUCGAAAGCACAGCCUCCUGAAAGAGAUGGUAAACACAGACACUUCGGGCAUAGCAUCACCUGUAGCUGCCAUUUCCUCCAACUAGACAACAUGAUCCUCAGCACUCCACAACUAUGAUCAAUGCUGUGUGUACGUGAAAAUCCGUCCGUCUCCGAUGAGACGAGGUCUGAACUGAUAGUUGUUGAAACCAUAUUUUUGAUAUCCGUGUAGAUAUUGAUACAAUGGGGUGGUGACUGGGCAGCUGAAAGCACCCAAUCUCUGCUACCUUUACUUGAAAAUGAUGGUGACAAUUAUCAGUCUUCAUGUUGUGUUGCAUCGGUUUGUUCGGUCUGUUUGUAACUUUAUUUCAGAAGUUCAUCAUUUGUUACAGUGUAACAGCAGUUAGUGUUUGUCAAAUGCAUCCUGACACCAAAGUGCUUAAAGUCUUCAGACACUGACCUCACAAACUAGUUUUUACACAUAUACAGUACCAGUCAAACGUUUGGACACGCUUUCUCAUUCAAGUGAAUGUGUCCAAGCUGUUGAUUGGUGCUGUAUUAAGACUAUUUUGUAUAUAUAGAAAAUAAUAUACUGUACUGUAUGGUGUUGUAUUGACAAAGCAGCAACAUUAUUGUUUUAGGAACUAAAACAAUAAUGUUACCCUAACCUUGCUGACUUGUACUGUAAGUCAGCAGUGUAGGUAUUUUGCUGUAAGCGCCUGGCCUGUAGCUGGUGAGGCACUCUUGUUAAAUGCACCAGUCGGAUUUUAAUGUAAAAAUAUGGAGUUAUCAGCCUAAAUUAUAAUGCAAACACCUUCCCUCUAACUGAGAUGUUUUUCUUUCUUUCCCAAAUAAUAUUCUGGCCUUUGUUUUUUUUCUCUUUUCCGCUCCAAGAAUGCUAUUAUUUCAAAAUAAAAAUGACCACCUAAAAAGUAUUUAUGGAGCUCUUUGCUCAGAAAACGGGUCUGAAAACUAUUAAGCUAUUUGGUAUCUUUGCUCUAAAGCGACUGCAGAGUGUUGAAUAUGAGAGAGCCAUUUGCUGAUGAAAAAAUAAAACUGCAUUGGGUUAUUAUCCAACAAAUUGAAGUGUUUUUUUGGCAUAGACACCUUUAAUCAGCAGUAGACAGACAGGAAACAUGGGAGAGAGAAGGGUGUGUGACAUGCAGCAAAGGACCUCUGGCCGGGAUUCGAACCAAGGUUGGCUACGUAUGUGGAAUACACUCUAACCACUCAACCACCUGCGCGCCCAAAGUGUUUUUUAUGUAAUGGCAUUGAAGUAUGUAGUAGUAGUAGUUAAGUGUUUUGACCAGAAAUUAAAGAAUGAAGUGCCAUCAAAUCUGUAGUUUCUUUUUAUAGAUUAUCUCUGCCUUUGACCUUUUCUCUAUUGCCAACAUCAGACCAAAAUUUCCACAUGUAUAUUUAGUACAAGUUUUAAAAAAUCAAAUGAGUAAUAAAUUAUGAACACUUCCAUGGUCCCCAACAGAGAAAUCCCUUUGACUUUGGUCAUUCAUACAUUGGUUUCAAUGAUCUUGUGAAUUUUAUUGUAAAUCAUGAUCAUAAACAUAACAUGUGCAUCCUUCAAUUUAGCAUUUGUCAGAUCAGCUUGCCUGUUUGAUUGGACACAUCCACAUUCCUGCACCGGUGGACCUUGUAGCAAUAAUAAGAGAAAUGUGUACCUUUUUGUAGAUUUUUCUUUGCCAUUUUUCGCAUUGUAAUACAGUUAUAAUAAACUCACAGGGUUGGAAUAAUGUGCUUGUUUUGAAUGUCAAUGUACUUGUACAGUAUAUUGUCUGUACCUUUCAGCAAACAAACAAACAGUUUUGUUUUUUUGUGCAUGUGAAGAAUGGCCCCUGUGAGGGCAAGUGAUUCACACAGACUGGACAAAAUGCU